AUCACCAUCACAUCUAGUUUCACAUCGUUAUUUUCAACUUAUGUAAACAUCAGCCAAGGAUCUCGCUUUGCUGCUGAACCUCUCAUUCAUCGUCAUUCUUUAAAGCCAAACUGCUAUCUCCUGACUACCCAUCUGUCUAAAGAAAAGGCGAGGAAGCGUGGCUACCCACCGGUAGUAGCCCCUUUCGCCGUUAUUCACUGACAAGAUCGACGCUCUCUUGCCAGCAUGACAUAAUCCCUCCUACGAUUAUUGCCCAAUCUUUUUUUCCCACUAUCGCCUUUUGUCCAAUUUUGUCGAAUUAUACGCCCGCCCAGCUGCUACAAUGCCACGAAGCCGGCCUGCCACCACAGGCUAUGAACGCCUAGCCCAGGCCGACCGCUUCAGCGACGAGUCCGACGACGAUGACGAGUUCCUGGCCCAGAGCUCUGCCUCCCUCCAACCCCAAUCUGCCCCUCGCUUCACGUCCAACACUCAGCCAAGACCGCACUCUGGCAUGACCUCUCCCAAACCUUUGGCUCAACAAAAGAAUCUUCCGAGACGGCAUAGGAGUAACUCGGGUGUUGAUCUAAAAGCUAUAAACGCACGGCUGGAGCGAUGGGCCGACGAAAUUGCAUCCAAAUUCAAAAGGGCAAAGGGAAAACAACUCGGCGAGGAGGAGCGUCCCGACAUACAUUACACUGUUUUCCAGCCUCCCGCCGGCGUUCGGCCCGCCACUCCUGAGACACUUGCCAUGAUGCCUGCGCCAGCUAUGUCCAAGGUGGAGUUCGACCAGGUAGUCAACAGCGUCAGGACUGCUAUCAAUCAGGGCAUGCAUCCUAGCAUGAUCACCCAGGGGAGCUCUGGUAGUUACUUCGCGCGGAACACGGACGGUAAGAUCGUGGGUGUUUUUAAGCCAAAGGAUGAGGAGCCUUACGCAGCCGGAAAUCCCAAGUGGAAUAAGUGGAUUCAUCGGAACCUGUUCCCUUGUUUCUUUGGGAGAUCUUGUCUUAUUCCCAACCUUUCCUACGUCAGUGAGGCAGCAGCGUACACAUUAGAUUGCCAACUUCGUACCCACAUGGUCCCGUACACGGACGUGGUCUGGCUAUCAUCCAAGUCUUUCCACUACCCGUACUGGGAUCGGCGGAGCUUUUAUAGAAAAAGGAAGCCCUUCCCCGCCAAACCGGGUAGCUUUCAGGUCUUCCUGAAAGGCUUCAAAGAUGCCAACAUUUUUCUGAGGGAACACCCAUGGCCCGACCAGUACUGGUCUGGUCUUCGCUCCAAUGAUACACAUCGGAAUAGGCGGAAGAGAUGGACUGCAAACUGUCGACCAUCCAGCCAAGCGCCUUAUGAUGAGUACGAAAGCGACGAGGAGCACAGCGCUCGCGAGCAGCGGCCCCUGGGGCCAGAUAAUUUCAUGUGGACAGAGACCUUAAAGCAAUCGUUCAGAGAGGAACUUGAGAAACUGGUCAUAUUAGACUACAUAAUGCGAAAUACAGAUCGGGGCUUGGACAAUUGGAUGGUGAAGGUAGAUUGGGAUACUCAAGAAGCCACGAUAGUUUCGGAACCACCGCAGCUUAGCAUGGAUCUCUCAAACGAGGAAGAGCGUGAACCAGCGGCCAGGCCAGUUGACUUAACGCAACGAACGCAGUCAGCUAAUUCACAAUCGCGUCCCUACAGGGUACAAAAGCCCAUGAACGCAGGUGAUUCUACGAAUGCACGAACCCCCAAAAUGUCUAUUGGGGCCAUUGAUAACUCGUUGUCGUGGCCAUGGAAGCAUCCAGACGCUUGGCGAAGUUUUCCUUUUGGCUGGCUUUUCUUGCCUGUUGAUCUCAUUGGGCGACCAUUCUCACAGAAGACCCGGGAUCAUUUUCUCCCUCUAUUAACAUCUACAACAUGGUGGAGCCAAACGUCGCAUGAACUACGAAAAGUCUUCCAGAUUGACCCCGACUUUCAGGAAAAAAUGUUUUCUCGGCAAAUGGCUGUCAUGAAAGGGCAGGCUUGGAACGUUGUUGAGACACUGAAAACGCCAGAUCACGGGCCACUAGAGCUCACUCGCCGAGCAAGGGUCUGCGUAUGGGAUGACCUGGUCGACGUUCCUGUGGCCGUGCCGAUGCGGAUGACUUCUUCCGAGGUGCGCCGGAAGGCCGAUAUGGGUCGCCGCGAUGUCAUACAUGAAGAAAUGGAUAUUGGUGCAGCUAACUCGUCUUCCCAACCUAUUAGGCGCAGUGAAGACUUGCUCGGCCUUUCUGCCCCCCUUCCACACCAUGGUCGGUUCGAUCUAGCCACAAGUCCGAGGGCGCAAUCACCAGAGUCAGAAGAGAAUGGCUCGGCUUCUGGGCAGAGACCGAGCUACCAAGGCCCCGCAAGGUCCGAGAUUGUGGCAAACUCGAAUUACAAAUAUCGGCAUCGUCCCUUCACAGGAGCGCGUAGACAUAGCAACACCAUUGCGCAACAGAUGUAUGGCCCUCCAAAUAACGUCGAGCAAGCUGCCGAAGAUGAUGCAGAAGGUGAUCUCGGGUAUGCAGCUGCCGAAGGUAUGGAUGGCCACAGGCGUAAAGUUAUAGUCGAGCGGCUAGAGGCGGUCAAAGCUAGGAAUCCAGUUUUUAGUUGGUGUUAGACUACUGUUUUUGGGCAUGAUUCUAAUGCUACGGUUUUCAGUCGUUACGACACGAGAUCGCACUUUUUUGGUUUUUGCUUUGGGCGACGGCGCAAGGGGUCAAUAGAUACACUUACACUGGGCAUUGCAUCGGUGAAUAUGUACACACAACAAGAGCAAUAGAGGAGCCAGCCGCUUACUUCUUUAGGAUUCUUUCAAGCAGGUCAUACAUAGAUGUGGUUUAUGCAUUGAAGGGUUUUCCUUGUGGUCUUGCUAGAGGAAAGAGAAAACUUGUUCUACCUCUUCUUGUACAAUACUAGUUGUUGGCGAAUUUCGGGUUAAUAUAUGGUCUGUAAUACCACCCAAUGAACAUACUGCACUUUACAACGAGACCUUUGAUAAGCCAAAUCACUUGUAUAGUAUUCCACCUCUUCCUAUCUUUCUAGGUGGUGAAUUAGGCAAAUCUUUGCUCCUCGUGUAAUAUGACAUCCCUGAACGAGCCCGCCCGUAAAUCGGAGCCGUUCUUUCG